AAGACGUUCAAGGUCUCGUGAGUAUAAUGAUAAUCAAAGUUAUCGUGAAAGCAACAAAAGAAGCACUAGGUGAAGCACAUCCAAAAGAAAGGUUGAAAGAACUACUAGUAGAAGUCAAAGUCCCAGAAAUGAUAUAUGUGAAAGAAAUCCAAGUAUCUGGAAUAAAAGUUACGAACGUUAUGGUAAAAGUUUUAGAGACUUCAAGUAAAAGUUCAAGUGAUAGUAUUGACAUAACUCCGGUAACAAAAACUCUCAAAAGAGAUAACAGUAACGUAAGAAGUAUCGAAAGAAGUUCAGGUAAAAGUUUGAGUGAUAGUAUUGACAUAACUCUGGCAACAAAAACUUCCGAAAGAAGCAACAGAAAUAUAAGAAGUAUCGAAAGAAGUUCAGCAAAAACUCUUGAAAGAGAUAACAGAAAUGUAAGAAGUAUCAAAAGAAGUUUAAGUAAAAGUUUGAGUGAUAGUAUUGACAUAACUAUAACAGCAAAAACUCUCGAAAGAGAUAACAGAAAUGUAAGAAGUAUUGAAAGAAGUUCAAGUAAAAGUUCGAGUGAUAGUAUUGACAUAACUCUGGCAACAAAAACUCUCAAAAGAGAUAACAGUAACGUAAGAAGUAUCGAAAGAAAUUCAAGUAAAAGUUCGAGUGAUAGUAUUGACAUAACUCUGGCAACAAAAACUCUCAAAAGAGAUAACAGUAAUGUAAGAAGUAUCGAAAGAAGUCUCAAUAAGAGUACUAGACAAGAUUUAGAAAGAAAUG